GUGAUUGGACUGCGAAGACCGCGCAGCGAACGAGCCCAUGGCCGGAGUGCUAGUGAUAGUGUACUGCUUCCUCCUUGCAGUUAGCUGCAGCUCCGGACAGCAGGACUGCUCCGAGACCCGCACGAUAACGAGGCUUCAGUUCUUCACUGUCCCGCCAGGCACUGUCUGCUUCCAGUGCGACUUUGGCAGUGGAGUGGCCGCAGAUUCCGUCUUCCAGUUGGACAACUCGGCCGUGGGGGAGGAAGCUGGGACGGUGCAGAACGGAGUCCUCGCUGUCUUUGCUGCGGAAAACGUAUUCCAAACUACAAUUUCAACAUCUUUGUCUUGCAUCAGUGGGAACACAAGACUAACUGCACACAUUUUCUUGGAAAGCCUUGCACCUCCGCAAGUGCCUAGUGCAGUGUCAGUGAGAGAGGGCGAGACGCUGACAUUAGCGUGUGAUGUCACCAAUUCCAACCCACUCCCUACCGUUAGCUGGAUAACGGCAGAGGAAGAUGUGAUAAGUGGGAAUACUGUGGAGAUAAACGACAUACAGAGGAGCCAAGCCGGAAACUACAUCUGCGUUGCCACUGCAGAAGAUGGCAGUACUCAGAGCUCCACUACAGUAGUCACUGUGACAUGUUAGUUGAUAGAGGUUAACAAACACACUUCAGUGCUGCAUGAGCAAGUUGGUUAGCUCACUGUAUUGUUACAAUCUUGUAGUAGUGCAGUCCAUUGUAAAGUGGUGCAGCAUAAGGAGGUGAGACUUAGCUAAAGGAAUACAGUUUACAUUGGCUUAGACCUUGACCAGGAGUUGCCUUGUACCGAGACCUGAUAAAUAAACAUCUUGUCUAUUUUACCUAACAUGCUUUUUGCUGCAGUUGCUCCAGAGAUAACAGCAGACGAAGAGGGCUUGGUGAAAUUUCCCCUGAACGGCACACUACACCUAUCCUGUUCGUUUCAGAGUGUCCCAGCACCAGAUUCUGCCAAGUGGACCCACAAUGGCACCCAGCUUCUCUCUACUCUAGUCACAUUGACAGCCUCGACUACCACACUGACUCGCACCAACCUACAGGCAAAUGGUGGCGGGGCCUAUGCCUGUAGUGCCAGCAAUGAAGUUGGCUCUGACACUGCCACAACCUUCGUCAGAAUACAAUUACCCUCUGAUCCCGUUAGCGACCUUGAAGUGAUAGAGAGGGCCACAGAUAGUCUGACUCUCUCAUGGACAAAUCCACACUUUACCGGGUUUGCUUCGAUAACAUCAUUUAGAGUCAUAAUUACAGGAGGUGGACCUGAGGGAUCUGAGGCAUUUGGCGGAGACGAAACACUGACGGAGUACACAGUGUCUUCUCUGAGUCCACUGAGUUUCUAUACCAUCAGUCUCUCUGCAGUGAAUGAUGCUGGUCUUCAGAGUCUGCCUGUCAUAGUACAGGAGUCAACACGAUCCCUCAGACUACCUGUGAUAGAAGAGCCAGUUAUAAUUGUCGUAAAUUCCACAGCCAUUCUUCUCCAGUGGCAGUCCCCAAGAUACGAUCCAGCCACCACUUACCCUGUCACCAGCUACCAGCUGACCUACAUAAAGCAGGGUGGAAGGGAGACCCCAACAAACAGGAGUCUCCCCCUACAGCCCACUAGUGUUACAGUUGGCAACUUGGCAAAGGGGACAGUGUACGUUUUCACCCUAGCCCCUGUCAACACUGCCGGUCCAGGGGCAACAUUCACAUAUGAACCUACUGAGACAUUCAUUGAUCCUCCCAGUCCUCCCCGAGAAGUUACAGCAGAGUCUCCAAAUCCAUUCACCAUUCAGUUAUCGUGGUCUCCCCCGAGCAGUGAUGGAGGCCGUCCAAUCGGUGAGUAUCGCAUCCAGGUCUUCACCUCUGGUGAAUAUUCCUCAACUUAUAAUCUCCCUGGAUCUGCCGAGACAUACGAUAUAACUGAGCUGUCUCAAAACACAAGCUAUGAAAUCAGGAUCACAGCUGUGAACGCUGACAAUCAGGAGAGUAACUAUGUGGCCGUCAUGCAGACGACAGCUCCGGUUGGAGACCCACAGCCACCAGUACUAGACGCAUUCUCUGCAGCCAGGGUUGGGAACACCAUGGCAGAAAUAUCUUGGGAUACUCCAGGUGGAUUUCCAAACCGGUAUAUCAUCCAGAUUAGAGCAAGCUCACAGAACAAAUGGAACAUGACUAUAAACUUCACAAUUUCUGUUCAACUCCUUCCUUCUCGUCAAACAUUUGUUUUCAAAGACCUCCAACCGCUAACAGCAUACAGUGUUAGAAUCCAGUCCGAAAACGUCAAAGGCCUCUCAGAAUUCACAGAGAUUUUCACCUUCAAAACCUAUGGAGAUGUUGAGAUCAGUGGAGAUGAAGCAGUGUCUGUUGGAAGUACACUAAGUCUUGGGUGUGGACUGGAAGGAGCAGACUCCUCUGAUUCCAACAUCAACUACACAUGGAGCUCCACAAAUGGCCCUCUCCCUCCUAGAGCCUCAGUGGGUGAAGUAGACGGAGUUCUGGUGAUCCAAGAUGUGAGACGGGAGGAUGGUGGAGUAUAUACAUGCACUGCCAACGGUGUCUCUGGUAACAUCACCGUUGAAGUGUCACGGAGCUCUAACUUGAGUCUUGUGGGGAUUGUGGCAGGGAGUGCUGGAGGAGGUAUUCUCAUCACACUCAUAGUCUGCACUGUCUUGUGCAUAGUCUGGUGCUACAGAAGAUCUAACAGUAAAGUGGUGGUUGAUGACAUUGACUCUCCUCCAGUGAUGGACAGGUGUAGCCACAUAUACGAGUGUCUUCCAUUGAGCAACGCUGGCCCUGUCUACAACAACCCCAUUACUUUCAUGCCCAACAAAGCAUAUGGAGUUGGGCUGAAUAAAAACCUGAAGGAAGUAGAGCUGGCCAAGUCGUGUGACGAUGUGUAUGUGGAGGUUCAAGCGGGAGUGAGGCGCCAACCAGAGAUGAUCUAUGAUCUGGCUGUGCACAACCCAAUGCAGACGAAAGCAGAGGAGAGCGAGGAAGAUUAUGAUGAGGCUUACGAUCCUGAAUCGGACCUAGAGGAAGCUUGUACUAAUAUGUAACUGAUUUGCUACACCAUUUUUUA